UUAUUUGUGAUUUCACUUCCGGUUUGUCUGCAAAAAUUAUCAUAAUUCGAUCCUCUGAUUGUGCUACAUUGGAGUGUCUAAUCUGUCAAUAUGUCUGACAGAAAGGCAGAAUUAGAAAGAAAGAAGCAGCGUCUGGAACAGAUGCGAAAAGAGAGACAAGAAAAGGAACGUGCACGAAGUACAAGACAGACUGAUGAAGCACCAAAGCCUGCUCAAUCACAAGAUCUUAGAGCGGAAACAGAUGAAUUAUUGAAGGACCUUGGCAUUCCUCCUUCUGGACCAAAGAGUGGCAGUCCAAGUCCUACACAUUCCAAUAAAUCUGCUUCAGACACAGAGGCCAAACAAGUUAUUGUCACCACUAGUAGAAAACCAAAAGUUAAACUCUCAGUGACAAAGGUAUCUGAAACUAGCAUACCACCUAAAGAAAAUGUAUCAUACAGUAAAGAAACACAGACUGCCAUAUUAGAACCAUUAGAUAAGGAAGGAAGAAACCCUUGGGAUUACUACGAAAACUUGUCUGACGGAGACAGUUCCAGGCGGGGGGGAUCACAAUACAGUUCCCCGCUUCACGGAUCUCAUGGAUCUCCGCGCUUUAUACAUCAUGAUUUUGAAUGGGAGGAUGAAUUUGAUGAUGAAGAUGAGGACGGAGAAACAGAUUCCAUGGCAGCACAGCCACAGACACCAACAUCAUCUAAGAUGCCACAUGUGGAAAUGGUGGCACCAAAACAGACACAAGAAGAUUUGGACAAGAAGGAAGAAAAACCAGUGCCAGAGCUGAGUGAGGAAGAAAAACUUCAGAUUCUGAAUUCUGAGGAUUUCCAGACGUUCUUCAGUAAAUCUGCUCGACUUGUUGAGAGAAUGCUAACAGAGGAAGUAGAUAUCUACACGGAUUACUCAGGGGGAGAUAAUGAGGGCAAAGAUGAUGAGUCAGCCGGAGAUAGACUGAAGUUGAACAGAAUAUUUUAUGAUGAGAGGUGGUCCAAGCACAGAACAAAUACUAGUUUAGAUUGGUCAAAACAGCAUCCAGAAUUACUGUUAGCAUCUUACAAUACCAAUGAAGAUUCUCCACAUGACCCAGAUGGUGUGGCAUUGAUUUGGAACAUGAAAUUUAAAAAGCAAACACCAGAAUAUGUCUUCCACUGUCAGUCGGCCAUUAUGUCGUCUUGUUUUGCUGAAUUCCACCCUAACUUGAUAGUAGGUGGUACAUAUUCAGGACAGAUUGUGUUAUGGGACAACAGAGUAAACAAACGCACCCCAAUACAGAGAACUCCUUUGUCUGCUGCUGCCCACACACAUCCAGUUUACUGUGUAAAUGUAGUGGGAACACAGAAUGCUCACAAUUUGAUAAGUGUAUCUACAGAUGGAAAGAUGUGUUCAUGGAGUCUGGAUAUGUUGGCUCAACCACAAGACAGCAUGGAGCUGCAUUUCAAACAAAGUAAAUCUGUAGCUGUAACAUGUUUCUCCUUCUUGUCUGGUGAUGUCAACAAUUUUGUAGUAGGCAGUGAGGAAUGUACAGUAUAUACUGCAUGUAGACAUGGCAGUAAGGCUGGUAUAAGUGAAGGAUUUGAAGGACAUCAUGGUCCUAUUACUGGUAUAGACUGCCACAAAGUUCCAGGACAGAUUGACUUCUCACCUUAUUUUUUGACAUCUUCAUUUGAUUGGACAAUCAAACUUUGGAGCAUAAAAGAACAAAAGUUUUUGCAUUCAUUUGAAGAUAACAGUGACUAUAUUUAUGAUGUGAAAUGGUCGCCUACACAUCCUGCCUUGUUUGCCAGUGCCGAUGGUAAUGGUAAAUUAGACCUAUGGAAUCUAAACAAUGAUACAGAGGUGCCAACAACAUCAAUAACCAUAGAUAAUAAUGCCUGUCUAAACCAUGUACGAUGGCAUGAAACAGGAAGUCACAUAGCUGCUGGAGAUGAUAUAGGAAGGAUACAUUUAUAUGAUGUAGCAGAGACUGUAGCCGCACCUAAAGGAAAUGAAUGGUCCAAGUUUGCCAAAACAUUACAAGAAAUGAAACAACAAGCCACAGAAAGAGAAGAAGAAGCCAUGUCACUAUCAACAAUGACAUCACCAUUACGAUGAUUUCAGCUUAUUGUACAUUUGACAUUUAUAUGGAAUUCAACAAACUUUAAUGGAUGUAUUGCUAACACAUUUGUUUGAAGAGAAUUUUUAUUUAUCAAGUAUCAGAAACAAUAUUAUAUACCUAUCUGUUAUCGUUGAUUUUUCAUGCAUCAGACUUUUAUGUUGUCUACAUUGUCAGGCAAGGUUAAAAUACAUUAAUAUAUUCACAUCUGGACAGAAAAAAGAAUUUGGGAGGAUUUUAUUUUUCAUUUCCUCUGUGACCACGUUUGUUUGCGUAGAAUAUAAAAAUAAGUACAUGUGGUAUGUUCUCAUAAAGAUUGCUUUCGUCAGUUUCCUUUCACUCUCUGAACACUUGUUAGUAAUGCCAUAAAAAUUAAUCAAUGCUUAUCAUGAAACAACUUGUUCUUUUGAUUGAGUUUAUGUUUCAGUUUGGGUGAAUAAUUAGCUUUAUUUGACUUUACAAAGGAAUCUUAAUAGCAUCAAGCUUAGUGCUUUUAACAGAGAUUUUAUCUUCAUCUAUGUUCGUUUCCUACAUAAUAUAUAGUUCUGAAAAUAUAUCAGUUGUUUAUUCAAUCCUGCAAGUUCAUUAUUUUAUAUUUCAAAUAACAAACAUCAGUAUGAAAUUUGAAUAAAAAUGCAUCUUUCUAAUAAGUUUCUAGAUUUCUAGUUUUAUACACUUUGUUUAAGUUAUUACUUGGACUUUAUUUAGUUGAUUGAGUAGUACUGGCAAUGGGGUUUUAUUAAGAUAGUGAGUUCAUUCUUUUUAAUGUAUGAUAGAGUCUUAUACUUAUAUCAAUAUGAGGUGGAAGUUGAUAGUAUUAUCUGAAGUUUCUAAAAUAAAAAGAAAUUACCAAUAAGAUUUUCAAGGUUAUUCCCAUAGACAUUUUAAUGGUGCUGACUUAUAAUAGCUUCAGUGUAUGUUAAUGAAUUGUUUAAAUGGUUAUGUGAUGGAAUUUUGUAUAGAAAUACUUGCAAUAUUUAUUGACCUGUUAUAAAUCAUGCAAAUAAAAUAUGCUUAUAAAUACUCAA